AUGAAUGAUGAAGUAAAAUGGAUAGCAGAAUUACGUUCAAAUAAUCCACAAAUUAAAAUCGUCCCACGAUUCAUGUUCGAAGGUUGGAGUUCACUUGAUAUUGAAAGAUUUUUGCUCAGUGAAGUGCUGCAAAUUCGUUGUUUGCGUGCUGUGACUGAAUUUCUGCUGCGAAAUGAAAUGGAAGGUGCUGUAAUUGAAAUCUGGCUGCAAAUAUUGUCAGAAACACAUGGAGAUUUUCAAAUAGAAUUAGUCGAGUUAAUUGUCAGUUGGGCUGAUGAAUUCCAUAAAAAUAGUUUGGAGAUCAUCAUAACUUUGCCAUUACCGCUUAUUAACAAAAAUGAGUUCAGUGAUGUUGUAACUCCAGAGGACUUCGAUACUCUUUCUCGUCAUGUUGAUUUCAUAAAUUUGAUGGCAUAUGACUAUCGUUCAACAAAGUUUGAAGGUGUUGCACCUUUAGACUGGAUUCGAAACAAUAUUGAGUUUCUUACUCAAAUGUCACCAAAGUAUAGCAAUAAAAUUUUGAUGGGACUUAAUUUUUAUGGUUAUAUAAUGAAAGAAGGACGUUUGGAUCCAAUAAUAAAUGAUGAGUAUAUCGAACUCAUAAAAUCUAAUGAUGCAAUUUUAAACUGGAACUCGGUGACUAAAGAACAUUUUAUCACGUCUCGUGAAACGAGAUUCCUAUGCUAUUUUCCUACAGUAACAUCAAUAAAAUAUCGGCUUAUGCUGGCAAAACAAAUGAAUGUUGGUAUUGGUAUUUGGGAGAUUGGACAAGGAUUGAAUUACUUCACAAAACUUUUAUGUCAAUAUUUUUGA